UCAGUUCCAUACAUUUCAUCGCAGCAGCAGCAUCAACUUUUAAAGGGAAAAACAAAAACUCGAAAAAAUGAGUAAGGCGGAUUCUAACUCGCGACAGGGCUCGUACAAGGCCAACACCAUCAACACGCAGGUGGACGAGAUAGUGGCGGCCAUGAACAGCGAGGAUCAGGAGCGCCAGUUCCUGGGCAUGCAGUCUGCCCGCAAGAUGCUCAGUCGGGAGCGCAAUCCGCCCAUCGACCUGAUGAUCGGCCAUGGAAUUGUGCCCAUUUGCAUACGCUUCCUGCAGAAUACCAACAACUCAAUGCUGCAGUUCGAGGCCGCAUGGGCGCUUACCAACAUCGCCUCCGGCACCUCUGACCAAACGCGCUGCGUUAUCGAACACAAUGCUGUGCCGCAUUUCGUGGCUCUGCUCCAGUCCAAGUCCACCAACCUGGCCGAGCAGGCCGUGUGGGCUCUGGGCAACAUUGCGGGCGACGGAGCCGCCGCCCGCGACAUUGUCAUCCACCACAACGUAAUUGACGUAAUCUUGCCUCUGAUCAACAAUGAGACGCCGCUCUCUUUUCUGCGCAACAUCGUCUGGCUGAUGUCUAACCUGUGCAAGAACAAGAAUCCCUCGCCGCCAUUCGAGCAGGUGAAGCGGCUGUUGCCCGUCCUGUCGCAGCUUCUGUUUAGUCAGGACAUCCAAGUGCUGGCCGACGCCUGCUGGGCUUUGUCCUACGUCACAGACGACGAUAACAGCAAGAUUCAGGCAGUGAUCGACUCGCAAGCAGUGCCACGUCUGGUCAAACUAUUGCAAAUGGACGAGCCAAGCAUUAUUGUGCCCGCCCUGCGCAGCGUUGGCAACAUUGCGACCGGCACAGAUCAACAGACUGAUGUUGUAAUUGCAUCUGGAGCAUUACCUUUGCUGGGACUUCUUCUGCAGCACAAGAAGAGUAACAUUGUCAAGGAAGCUGCCUGGACUAUCAGCAACAUCACAGCAGGUAACCAGAAGCAGAUCCAAGCGGUGGAAGAUGCCGGAAUCUUCCACCAGCUGCGCCAUGUGCUGGAGAAAGGAGAUUUUAAGGCACAGAAAGAGGCAGCCUGGGCGGUGACAAACACCACGACGUCUGGCACUCCUGAACAGAUCGUGGAUCUUAUUGAGAAGUACCAUAUAUUGAAGCCCUUUAUCGAUCUGCUGGACGCAAAGGAUCCGCGUACUAUCAAGGUGGUGCAGACUGGCCUAUCCAACUUUUCACCUUUUACAUCGUGAAACAGGCCCUUUCCGACGACGUUCCCCAGACGCAGGUCUUCUUCUAGUACGAUCUGUACACCCGGUAAAUGGACAUGUACGAGUUCGUCCUGCCAAGGCUGAACGAACUGCUGCAGGAAGCCGGCCUGGAUGGAAAGCUAACGGCAGAUGCCAUCACUGUGGACCGUGAGUACAACACCAUGAUCCUGGAGGACUUGGCGCCGUACAAGUACGUC